AUGUUUGAUAUUUUUUCUUUUAUUUGCAAGGUCAUCCAAGCUUUGGGUGGCGUUUGGCAUCCAGAGCAUUUCACCUGCGCCUGCUGUCGCAUCAACCUCAUCCACGAGGACUUUUUUGAGCAUGAUGCGGAACCCUACUGCACAGAAUGUCAUCUCUCCCUCUUCGCGCCCAAAUGUGCCUACUGCGGCGAGGCAAUCAUAGAUCGCUGUCUCGAGGCCAUGGGCGCGUUCUGGCAUCCGGAUCACUUCUUUUGUCAGUCCUGUCACAUCCCCUUCACUGACAGCACGACCGCGCAUGAGCAAUCGGGAAAGGUUUACUGUCAGUAA